UAUAUAUAUGUAUAAAUGAAUCCAAUUACCCGUGAUACAAAUUUCAAAGUGUCACUUUCUCGUUCGAUGUCAUCCAAAUAGAAGUAGCAAAAUUGAAAACGUACAGAACUGUAGAGCACAAUUCCCCGAAAUUAUACCCCAGCCGAUCGCAACUGAUCCUGUGCCCGAAGUAUCCGUUCCAGGAUGUGCAUGCCGUAUCUGAACAAGCUCUUCGGCGGCGGAGGGCGUCGGGAGCGUCGCAGCCGGAAUGGCGGCGUCACCCCCCUGCCCAGUCUGGCCAAUGUGACCGAGGUCUCGUUGGACACCGUGCGCACCGUCAAGUCCGGAAAGUCAGCGAAGUCCGGCAAGUCCGCCAGCCGGAGGAGCACCAACACCAACGCUGGCCAGCCACCCGAGUCCAGUGUGAGCAGCAUGGAGUCCAAUACGGAGCAAUCCCUGGCGGCCGCCUCCCGAGGAGCUGUUCGCAACACCACCGCCUCGACGGCCCCCAGUGUUGCACCUGCCGACGCGUCGAGGGCGCGCCGAUCCUGGUGGGGAUACUUUGGCAUGAACAAAAACAAGAAGGCCAGCAUUGAGUCGCUCUAGAUCUCGGAUGCCCGGCUUCCCAGUAUCGGGAUCGGAUCGAAUUGCUGCGGGUGGCCAAAGGAGACCUCUUCCACAGGAUUGGACUAUCAUGAAAUUUGGGUAGAACUCUGUUAUAAACUAUACCGAUGCUUACAAUAAACCAUCAUCUUUCUUACCUCUGGAACCCCAAAACAUAAA